UCGAAUCAGAGCAAUUCAACAAGAAUGCCAAGCGCACCAGCAGUCCCAGCGACUGCAGCCACAAUGCAUUCAGGAUAUGCUGUCGGCUCGACGUUGGUAGCCCUUUGGAUGGGGGAGACGGAGCGCACAUGCGUCGUCAUCGAUCGAAGUACGACGUUCCAUGCGCUCGUAGAUUCCGCGAACAACUUCCUUCGUAGAAGAGAUCGCCUCCAACACAUUCAAGUACUACGUGCACUGGCAUGACUUCAAUCGCCGCAUGGACGAGUGGAUCAAUGCCAAUGAGGUCGUGCGUCGAGGAACCGACGAGGAGAUUAAACAUUUGCAGAAGAAGGAGCACAAGGAGAAGGAAAAAGAAAAAGAGCAUGGGGGCGGGAAUAGCGCCGAUCAAGGAGACACCAAGGACGGCGGUCGCACCCGUGGUCACAAGCGGAAGACCGAGAGCGACUUUGCAGAGCCCGACGAGCAUGAUGAGCACGAAGGAAUGGACGCAGCGAGUAUUCGAGAGCACGAAGAAGUGACAAAAGUCAAGAACAUUCGAUUCGUUGAGAUCGGUAAGUAUCGCAUGGCGGCAUGGUAUUUUUCGCCAUUUCCAAAGGAAUACUUUCCCGACGGCAGCAUCGAUUGUCUCUACUUUUGCGAGUUUUGCUUGACGUUUUUUCGGUACAAGACGGAAUUGCGACACCACCAAGAACGCGUUGCAUGCGCGAGGUACCCUCCCGGCAACGAAAUCUACCGUCAUGAAGGGAUUUCCGUGUUUGAGGUGGACGGCGCAAUUUCCAAGCCGUAUUGUCAGAACCUGUGCUACUUUGCCAAAUUAUUUCUCGACCACAAAACGCUGCACUACGACGUCGACCCGUUCUUGUUUUACGUCAUGUGCGAAGUCGAUGCGCGGGGCUUUCACCCUGUGGGGUACUUUUCGAAAGAGAAAUACUCGGAGCUCGGGUACAACUUGGCGUGCAUUUUGACAUUUCCGUGCCACCAGCGCAAAGGGUAUGGCAACUUUAUCAUUCAGUUCUCGUACGAACUGUCCAAGAAGGAAGAAAAGGUUGGGAGCCCGGAGAAGCCGCUGUCCGAUCUUGGGCUUGUGAGCUACCGCAGCUACUGGACAAAGGUCCUUCUCGGGAUUUUGAAGGAGCCCCAGCACAAGGAGCUUUCCAUCAUGGACCUGACCAAGCUUACAUCGAUCAAGAACGAAGACAUCAUCAGCACGUUGCAAUACUUGAACGUGAUCAAGUACUUUAACGGUCAAUAUGUGUUUGCCUUGAGCGACGACGUCGUGGACGAGCAGCUCAACAAAGUUACAAAGAAGGGCCCGCAGGUCGUUCCGGAGAAGCUCCAUUGGGCGCCACUGCACAUCGAAAUGAAGCGAGACAAGUGGUCGCUACGAGCCAAGGCGCACGAUGCGGAAGAGUGACGAGGCGUUUAUGUGCCCAUAGGGCAUGCUCGCGCUGCUCUGUACACCUCAACAGUGUGUAAAUAUGAUUUCAAGUGAAUGACACGGACGUUUGCUGCUUGUUUGACUCAUUUCCCCGUGCAAGAAGUCGCUGUGGUCGAAGAACUUGAAAGCGCCUAGGCCAGGGAGAGCUGUGAAAUGAAUCGAGUU